GUAACAGGCUUUUUGUGACUACGGGUAUUUUUUUAAUGCCACUAAACGACGUCGUGCAAUCCGGCUCGCGCGAGUCUUCUUCGAUUUGUAACUCGUCUCCCAGUCAAGCUUAAGUUGUUGCAGCGAAGUAAAUUUUUCUCUUCAAUCAGCAAAUCUCCAAGCCUGCAAAUCUAGUUCAAUUCUCCGAGGAUGCAAUUCUUUGGGGGAUCGGAGAUCAGCCCCUCACCUCCUCCGCCUACGGCAUCGGGGAAUAAUGCACACAUGAUGUAUGUAUUCAACAGAAACGGUGUGUGCUUGCUUUACAGGGAGUGGAAUCGGCCUCUCCACACGCUAAGUCCGCAGCAAGAUCAAAAGCUCAUGUUCGGUCUUCUCUUCUCUCUCAAAUCCUUGACGGCCAAGAUGGAUCCCACAACUGCGGACAAGGGGAAUUUAGGAGUACCUCAGCUACCGGGACAAGGAUGUUCGUUUCACAGUUUCCGUACCAACACCUACAAGCUUAGUUUCAUGGAGACUCCUUCGGGGAUAAAGAUUAUCUUGGUGACUCAUCCUAAGAUUGGUGAUCUACGGGAAUCCCUGAAGUACAUUUAUAACUUGUUUGUUGAAUAUGUUAUCAAAAAUCCGCUUUAUACUCCAGGAAGCCCGGUCAAGUCUGAUUUGUUCAACACAGCACUUGACCAAUACGUAAGAAGCAUUUCAUAGUGCGCUGAAGGUUGUGCUUGAUACUCCUUAUCUCAUCCUGCAAACACGCAUACCCAGAGGCAGACGCAUCAAGAUUGAAGUAUUUUCUUUUUCAAGUGAUAAACAAAUUUAGAUUUGUUCUGGCAGGUCUUACCCCUUCAGCCCGGCCCCACGAAGAGGAACACCAGAAAAUCAAUCUCAGGAACAGGUCAGGUCAACAAACGAUCUUGUGGCAUGAGUUCGAUAAAAUCUCUCUAUGCUUUCUGUAACAAAUUUAGUUUCACAGAGUAUUUUCGUUUUUAGACUGGCAGAUUUUAUGGAUACCUUUUCCUCUUACCUCUUUGGAAUUCCACCGAGAACUACAUACCAAUUUUUCUUACUGGUUGCGCAUGCACUGAUAUUUAGAUUCGGUUUUUACAAUCAAA